UCAUCUAGUCGUCUUCCACUUUUAAAAAGACAGUAACUUUCUCCUUUUAAAAGACUUUGAAGUCCGCUCUUUUCGUACAAAACGUUGCUAUGGCUCGCCUGACCUUUAUCCUCUUGUUGGCAUUGACAAUCAGCUGCUGCUUUGCAUCACCGCUUCUUCACGAAUGGGAUGGUGAAGGGACGGAUGGGACAGAUUGGGAGGAUGAAAGCCACGAGGCGGUUAUGGCUCCACUGAUGCGAGCCAAGCGUGACGUGCUGAAGGGCUCCUGCGUGUGGGGUGCCACCGACUACAAGAGCGACUGCCUGGCCGAAUGCAAACGCAUGGGAUACAAAGGAGGUCACUGCGGCAGUUUCCUCAACGUCAACUGCUGGUGUGAGCAGUGAGACGCAGCCGAAAAGAACGCUGCAACGAUCAAGAUCCAUGGACAGCGUAAACCAGUGCUUGAGUUUUGAUAAAGCAGUGACCUUUUGUUUUGUUUUCCUUUACUCAUUUCGGCUCUAUUCAACUGUUCACAACGAAAUUGUGAUUUUUUUCAUAAUACGGUAAUUUUCCCUAGUUAAAGUCAAUCUGAGUGCAGCAAAAUUGCGCGAAUGGUUUUACUUAUCCCGAUUAUGUUUUUAAGUGGUCCAUUGGCGGCGUUUUCCGCUGACCCUGAGUGACAUAUUUGUAAUACCAUGUGAUUUUUAACCUGAUUAAGAAGUAAUAAUUUACAGAUUUGCACAUGAAAAGCACAA